AUGAGCGGGCGAACCUCACGCCCUCUGGUUCCAACCGUGGAGCCAUUCCAACCUGCUUCAGCAUGCGCAAGUCCUGUUGUCGAAAGAAGGAUUGCCAAAGCAACCGAGGACCACAACUCACAGACCUCAGGAAGUCUGAUGCCGCAAGUCGAGAAAAGAACCCCACGGCCCCUCAGCGCUGAAGUUGAACCGUUCAUGCCUAAGUCAAAGCGCAUGGCAUAUGCAUUGAUGGAGGACUCCCCAAAGAAAAACGAGAACAAUGGCUUGAAUAAUGGUCCGGGGCCAUUUACACAACAGGAAGAAGCUCAUCUGUGCACAUCUUUCUUGGAAGAGGCUCGCUUGAAAGAAGCAAACAACCCUCUCUCUAGUCUGAAGCCCAGAAUCGAAACGGUCAAUUUUGCGCAGCUUGAAAAUAAAGAUCAUGAGUUCUCUGUCACUACUCAAAGCAUAUUCUCCCCAAAAGAUUGUUGGCCAGAACAGAGAGUUUCUUCUGAACAUCGGCAGCUCGAGUCUGUCGAUGAAGGUGUCCUGCUGGGCAUCCCUGCCUCAGUCUAUCAUGCUCACCAGGAGAUGGCCUAUCCCUCUUAUGCUUCGGGAUUUACACCCCACUCAAGCAAUGAGUGUGUUGAUUCAUAUGGAAUUUCGCCAAUUGACUUCUGUGGAUCUACUGGCCCUCCAGGCUAUGGACCGUCACCCCUUCGACUUACAGAAGCGGAGGCUGACGUGCUCAAUAGAGCGGGUGAACAGCAAGCUAGGCUGUGGAAAGAGGCAGAAAGAAUCGAGACGGAGAGACUCGAGAUGGAGGACAAUGUAGCCGAGAGACGUGGGCUUGUACAGCAGGUACUCAAGGCACGCGAAGAUGCCAGACUUAGAAGAGAAAGCAACGACUUAACCCGGCCUGGAGCACUCGCUCGUGACCAUCACUGUCGUGACGAAUCUUCCACCCGCGAAGCCUUCUGCAGAAUCGAGUUCGAGAACCGGAUUUGGAGCGCCAUUUACCCAUUCUGGAGCGAGCAGCCCAACCCACGACUGCCGCGUGCACACACUCGAGCUGAAACUAUCGAAUCCCAAGAGAUGGUUUCCACAUUUGAGACCGUCUUUUGUAACCUCGCGGGCUACAGAAAGAGCUACACGAACUACCAGGCAUCUCGCCCUGCGCUGUCCGAGACGAGCCCUGUGAUAGAUCAACCUCUCCAUCGUCAGCCCCGCUGGAUGCCCGGUCCAACUCGAACCAAUUGGGACAACCCUAGCAUCUGUGAUGUUCCAGAGUCUCGCCGCACCAUCUUGAACACUGGUUCCUUCAUCCCAUACAUGGGACCCAUGGAUAUGAACCAUCUCCCCCACCCGCGAGACCCAUGCAUCGAGCCACUCAUCGGAGAGGGGGAUCUCCCGUGGAUCCCCCCAUUCAACCCCGUCUUUCCGGAGAGUCCGCAACUCAAUGCCUCGGCCAAUAAAAAUUCCCUUGACAUCUCUUCUCCCGCGGAGGAAGCAUACGUACAGCAGCAAUGCCCGGCACCGACAUCUGUACAGAGCACUCCGCCUCACGUGAGACGAUGCAAAGACCCAAUCCAGUCUUCAGAAACGCGUGCUCAAUCGGACACCACAAACUUCGAGAACAGAUCUCCACGCUGCCCUGCUAGCAUGGCUCGCAGCAGUGCUAUGUAUCAACAAGGAACGCAGAACUCCAACCCAAGCUCGAAUGACACUCCUCGUGGGAAGAGACGUCGUCGACGACACUAA